CAUGCCGCACGCGGGCCGCUUGGCGCAGAGCACGCCGGGAGCUGUAGUCCCGCGGCCGUGCGGCUCCGUUCCUGCGCUGCCGGGUGCAGGCAUUUGCGCUGCAUCCCCUCCGUCCCCGCGGUGUCGUGGCGGGCCGCCCUGCUCGCCUUCACCGGGCAUGCAGGGGCUCCUGCGGCGGCUUCUCCCACCGCUUUACGCGGCGCGGCCGGCGGCGGCCCGCGCCCUCCUCGCCCGGCGGGCUGUACCCGCUCUGCCGCGCCUCAUGGCGCUGCGGCUGGCGGCGGGAGCCGGAGAAGGAGAAGGCGCCCACCUCUUAAACGCAGGCGGCGAGACCCCGGAGCACGGUGGGCUAGAAAAUGUACAGCAAAAGAAAAUCUUUGAAGAGAAUAACAAAGAGACAAAACAGAUGGAAGAGCCAUGUCCUGCUGAUACAGUAGACUCUCUGAUGGCGGAAAUGCCAUUUGUCGACACAGAUAUUGAGGAUAAAUUUAUUAUGCACACAACCUCUGAAACAAAUAUAAAAAAGAAAAGAAAGAGGACUACUGGGAAGGAAAUUGAGGAAGACACUGAGAGAAAGAAGAAAAAUAAAAAGCAGUAUCAGCCAAAUUAUUUCAUUUCUCUUCCAAUUACUAAUCCAGAGAUUAAUAGGAGUAUUCAGGCUGUCCAAGAUGCAGUAAUACAAAAGGAUCAAAGAUUUUCCAAAGCAAUGGUUCACUCUGGCUCAUUGCAUGUCACCAUGUUUGUGAUGCAUUUAUCCAAUGAAGAAGAAAUUAGCAUAGCAGUUGGUGCUCUUUCAGACAGCAAAGAUUUUAUAGAAGAUCUCCUGAAAGGAAAAACUGUGGAUUUGUCUUUUCAAGGAAUUCAUCACUUCAAAAAUGAAGUUGGAUUUGUGAAGUUGGCAGAAAAUGAUCAUACAGCUAUACUUAGAGAAAUAGCAGAGACUAUGAAGAAGAUAUUUCAAGAAAAGGGCAUCUUGGCAGGAGAAGAAAGAGAUUUUAAACCACAUCUGACCUUCAUGAAGUUGUCAAAAUCCACACCACUACGUAAGCAGGUGAAAAAAAUUGACCCAAGCCUGUAUGAAGAUUUUAAAAGCCAUUAUUUUGGAAAUGAAAUCCUGCAUCGCUUAGAUCUUUGCUCCAUGUUGAAAAAAAAGCAACCAAAUGGUUACUACUACUGUGAGUCCUCUAUUGUUUUUGUCUGUGUUAGGCGAUUCUUGUAAUAAUACCCAUACAGUCUGACAGAAGUCUGUCCUUCAACCCUGGCCCUCCAGGGACACUCUGCACUGCUUCUUGCUGACAGCUAAAGUUUAUGUUCAGCUAUCCAUCUCCAGAAUCCAUUUCCAUUUCUCAUUCUAAAAUGAGUGUUUAAGGUAAGUUAGAUGGAUCAUUUUCCGGAGCUGCUCAUCUCUCUGUUUACUAUGAAGGCAGCCUGUGUGACUAAGUUGGAUUAGAUGCCAUAAUUAAAGAUGAUUAAUGCUAGGUGAAAUGUCUCUGACUUGGCAGAGAUGUGACCUUACUUGGACUAUAUUCAUGUACAGAGAGAUUUCAGUGAUACAACAGAUUUCAUAAGACCCAUUCAGCAUCCCAUCAGGACUUUAAAUAUUGUACAGACACCUUGCCUAGAUCAGUACAAUGCUAGAAAUCACAGUUGUGUCCUACUGCUUUAUUUGAACAGAAGCUUCACACCCCUAUGAUUAAUAUUCAUUUCCGUCACAAGUUGUGUAUAGCUGGAACUUCAGGUGGUAAACAUGGGAGGUCUGUGGACUGAGAGACUAUGGCAAAAUGGCUUGUACAAUAAAUGCCUCUGUGAUGGUUAGUUCCCACUUAGCUGGUAGUGGAUCUUGGGGCUGCUAUUGAUCAUAAUAAGAACAUGAGUUAAAAUGCUAAGUGGAAUAACGAGAAUGUUGAGGACUUUUUCUUAAAUGCAGUCGCCCCUUUGAAUCUAGAAAUCUAUUGUGUAAUGUGUUUGGAAUAUCUUUACAAAUGCCACUCCUAUACCUGCAGAUUUUUAAGAAAUCAGACAACAUGGGAAGAUGUAAUAGUAGCAAUACAGCAAAAUGCAAGAGUUUUUGUAUUAAUUGCUUUUUUCACUUGUCCUAAUUAGGCUCAUUCUUUAUAUAUUUCAUGUUAGAGGUGAGUCUUAAAAGACAAGAUUUAUAGCCAGGAACAGGUCAUGGUUUUGGUGGUCAGUUUGUAUUUUUAAUUCUUUAUAUUGGUACAGCUUGGGUGUUAUGUUUUGGGGAUAAUUUUUUUCUGCAGUCAUGUCAAAGGUUGAAUGUAAUGGUGUUGGAAGACAAUGAGAUACUGAAAUACAUACAAAAAGUUCAUGUGAAGACUUAACUUUGUUUUUUUUUCUUUAGAAAUAGAACAAAACUGUAUUUGGUGUGUUUUCAAUGAGCAAUAGCUCCAUCUCAACAAGAAUAUGGACAGUCUUCAUAAAUCUUAAUAAAGCGAAGUCUUAACUGUGACCUACUUAAGAAAAAGAGAACAUCUGUUCUUGUAUGGAUCCUUUAAUUAUAGGAAAGAAAUUUAAA